GGCAACACCCAGCCUUGACAUAACCUCACACAGUUGACGAAACGUCAAAAUGGUCCUAAUCAAAGGCAAAUCGGGGACUUUUCGCUGAAAAUGGCCAAUUCCAGCAUUGCAGCCGUCAGCUUCAAAGUAGUGCUGUUGGGCAAGGGUUGUGUGGGUAAAACCAGCCUUGUCCUGCGCUACGUCGAGGACAAAUUCAAUGGCAAACACAUCACAACCAUUCAGGCGUCGUUCCUGAACAAAAAAAUCAACAUCGACGGUCAACGACUGACGCUGGCCAUUUGGGACACCGCAGGCCAGGAAAAGUUCCACGCGCUGGGCCCCAUUUAUUACCGAUCGGCCAACGGGGCUGUUUUAGUGUACGAUAUAACUGAUGUAGACUCGUUCCAGAAGGUGAAAACGUGGGUGAAAGAGCUGAGGAAGAUGCUGGGUCGGGACAUGUGCCUCGCCAUUGUGGGCAACAAAAUGGACUUGGAGGAGGAAAGGCAGGUGCCGGUGGAGGAGGCCGAGGAGUACGCGAGCAAAGUGGGGGCCACUCAUUGGUUCACCUCGGCCAAGCUCAACCAAGGGGUGGAGGAGAUGUUUGUUGGUCUAGCCAGGGAUAUGCUGGCUAAAAACGCGCUGGCCGGCACGCUUUCCAGACAAAGCUCCAUCAGACGAAACAUGCUCGUAGUGACGGACGACGAACCAGCCCCCGCUAAGGGCUGCUGUAGCUCUGGAGCGUAACAACUGCACCACCCAUGCAGUAUUGUACAGUUGUACAGAACUUAACUUAAUCAUAUUGUGAUAUCCCUUAUUACAUACUACUAUUGUUAAAGCGGCGGCGGGAGAGAAAUUAAGGCAACUCUACAAGAUUCAAAGUUUUAAUUAAAUAAUCAGCUAUAUAAAAUCACUAUUCACAUUAUUUAGGAGCCUCUAAGUAUAAUAACUAAGUAAUGUACAUUGAAAAUACAGAUAUUUAUAAUAAAGUGUACGAAGCAAG